AUGUCUUCUAUUGCUAAAUCUAUAAAUUUGAAGGAAAUAACAAUCGAAAACAAUCCAAUCUCAUUAGCGGGAGAUUGCGUCUCAUUUCUCGUCAGUUAUCUGCCUUUAUUGAACUCUCUCAAUCAACUUCAAAUAACAGAACAAGUGCGUAGAGCUGCUAAUGCAUGGCGACGUAACAAGGAAAACACUGACCAAAAUUUUCAACAUCUUUCAACUGACGUCAGUUCGAGUAUUCGAAGGGAAGAAAUUAUUUCUAAUGCGAAAACCAAUUGGGAAUUGAUUCGUCAAUCAAAUAUUGCUGGGCAACGUCUGAAUAGCCAAGCAAAAAAAUCGAUUAUCAAACCCAAGUUAACAUCGAGCAACUCAAUAUCGUCUACCUCAACAGCAUCUUCGAGCACCACAACAAAUGAAAAUAAAAAUAAGAAAUGUUCAAUUCGUCAAGGUUUUGAGCAAUUAAAAACUCAAAAAUCUGAAUUGUCGAGUUCGUCAUCAGUCGAAAAUUCAAAUCCUAUGACUUCGGAAAAAGAAACUGACAAUGUCACUGAAGCUGAAUGUAAUUUAUUUCAUUUACCUCCUGUAAUUGACAAGACAACCGAGUCAGCUGCAUCAAGUACGAGACCAAAUAUUGAUUCUGAAUCGAGUGCUUUUAGUUCUGACAUUGAUGAUGAAAAAAAUGUCAAGUCUCAAAUUCCUACAACACCACCAAUUACAACUUAUUCAUUGACAAAGACAUCGUCACCGAUUGAGAUCUUAAGAAAAGAAGACGAAGAGAGAAGCAUCAUUGAGAAUGAUAAUAAAACAUCUUUUACUCCACCAUUGCCUACAUUGCAAGCGGAAAUUGCUGAUUCAGUAAUCGAUACAAUUGAGGGUGAUGGUGAUGAAAUUAAAGAUACCAUGCAAAAUGAUUUGACAGAUCAUCCAAGAGAGACACCUUCACCUUUAACUCAAACAGAUAAAGAGAAAGCGCCUUUAACAAUUAUCGAUAACGCCAGGGGAAUAUCGAUUCAGCCUACGAUAAAUAUCGAAGCAAGUUCACUGUGUAAAUCAGGAAAAGCUUUUAAUGUUCAGACCGUGGAAAUGAAAAUUGAAACCAUUGAAGCUGAUAAGCUUUCAAUAAUCUCUAAAACAUCAGCUAAAACUAGUAAUGAGUCAAUCAACACGUUAUCGUCAGCUUACGAGGAGCGACAGGUUCAUUCAAGUCACACUAAUUAUUAUCCAAGAAAUCGCAGUGGUACACGCAAAAUAGGCCCACCACUUGUUCGUUCGCAAACAGCACGAAAUCUAUCAUCGCAAUUGAAUAAUCAACAAAAUGGGCCGAGUAAUCAAACUACGAAUCAAAAAAAGGAGCCGAAAAAGGAAACCGAUAAAGAUCGCGAACAAGGUGGCGAUUAUUUAGUGGAAAUACUUGGCCGUUACCUUAAUGUGUAUGGUGUCGGAGCAAUCAAGUUUGUUGACAAGCAAUGGAACGUGCAGAAGGCUCAAGAUGUUCAUACUGUCAAAUUCUCUUAUAUCAACUUCAACAGCAUUUCACCAAUCUUAGGAAGAAUUAAAGUCAGAUUUCCUAAUGUUGAAAACUAUGUUUUCCGGGAGACGAACUUCGUUUGUUUGGGUCAAUUGAAUGCAAUAGCUGAUACGCAAGGAUUAAAAGCUAUAACAAUCGAUACUGAAGGAAAUCCAUUGACAAAUAAAAACUGGAGAACAUAUGCCAUUUAUCGCUUAAGCCAUUGGGGAUUGAAGCAAAUAAAUGGAGUAGAAAUCACGGACGAUGAAAUAGCCGAAGCUGAAUCUACUUAUGCCGGACUUGCUGAUCUUGUGUUAUGGUCAUUGCCUGAUUCUCUUCUCCAACCUCUUUUCACAAGAUUGCAUGUCGACGAAACCAUUCUAACAAAUAAAAUGACACCCAAAGAGUGGCUCAUGAAGCAUGCUGAUGAUUCGAUUCGAAAUGUUGUAGGAAAAGAAGCUUUGCAAUGGAAGAAAACGACUUCACAACAAGACGAGUUGGCAAUAAGAGUGAAGGGGAAAAUGUAUUUCAGUAAAAUGAUGGAGAACACUGUGAAUGCAGUUGAAAAACUACAAAAGUUAGAAUAUCUUUGGCAAAAUGUUCUUCUCGAAAUGAUAAGAAAUACUCUCAUUGAUUACAAUCAAAUUGACAUUUAUGUUAGAAAUCUAAUGACAGAUAUUUUAAAAGAUAAUGAAAAAUAA